UGACAGCGCAGGGAAACCACCACCUCCAGACUGCCUUCCGCUUUUACUUAUCGGACAUUGAAAGAGUGAUCACAGACGAAGAGUGUUGUGACAAUGCAGUCUGCAGAGGGUGAGACAGACACUCUACCUGGAGCUUUAUAAGGACGACAGGAUGAUCUGUCUGCCUCUUGUCCUCUAUCUCGUAUUUCUUAUAUAUUCUGUGCUUGGUUCCCUUCCUGCUCCAGUCAACCUUUCUGUCAGCUCUGACAAUUUCCACCAUGUCCUGCGUUGGGAUCCUGGGCCCAGCACCCCUCCAGGAACACAGUAUAAGGUCAUCAGGAGGUUGAACAAGAAAGAACAAAAAAAGCUAUGGUACUCAAACACAACUUCAUUCAGGCUGAAGCUUCCACGCAACAGAGAGAAGUAUGACCUGUACGUCCAGGCGAUCUACAACCAAAGUCUGUCUCCAGAGUCCAGCAGAUACUCCUUCACCCCUUACGAAGACACCAUAAUAGGUCCUCCAAAAGUCUCACUGGCUGGAUGUGGCAACUGCAUUCAAAUCAACAUUUCACUCCCUGAAGCUGACAGGAGCUCAAAAAUCAGUGAUAUCCAGGAAUUCUAUGGGGCUAAGUUUAAAAUCUAUUGGAAGAAACAUAACGAAUCAACGAAAUCCUUCGUAACACAAAACAAGAGUUAUACUGUCGACAACCUACAGAUUGGCGCAGAGUACUGUGUACAGGUGGACACAAAGAUUAACGUGAAUAAACACACUGUGCCAUCCGCUUGGCAUUGCACCUUCACCAGCAUUGUGGAACCAAGCAGAGACCCUGUUAUUUUAGGCGUAGUUGCUGCUCUUCUGAUUUUUGCUGUCGGGUUCCUGAUGAGCUCCAUGUUCUGCCUCCACUACACUGGAUUCCUCUGUAAACUGAAGGCAGCUCUGCCCAGAGUGCUCAUUGAGGCUCUAAGCCAAGGCUACACCCUGACACCAGAGAGGACAGUCCCUGACAAAAUCUGCAUUAGCAUAGAGACUGAGAAACAGAGAAGGCACAACAAUCCCACAACUCCACAACCUGCCACCAAGGGCACUAACUCUGAUGAGGAGGAUGAAGAGGAGGAAGAGGAAGGGGUCAACGUCUACAUGGAAAGAGAUGCAGAGCUUUCCUCCCUUGACAGUUCCUGCCAGGACUCUAUUGAUGUGUUGUGUGUGAGCAGUAAAGUAGCUGCUUCAGGGAACUCUAGGGGUUUGACUGUGGAGGCUGAGGUGCCGGACACAGAGUUUGAGGUUGAAGUCACACAUGGGGGGUUUGAUCAAGAUGGGGCCAAAGCUGAAGAUGCAGAUGUUUCUUUCAUGCCUGAGGGUCACACUGGAGUCAAGGAACAUGUCACAGAUGAGGUGCAAGAGGAGGAGGAAGAUAAAGAGGUAGUGUGUGACAGCUCAUGCAAUAUCAAUUUGUUCUCAGUCACCCUCGCUGCAUUGACUGUAAGUGAGGAAGGGGAGGAGCAAGAGUCGCAGAAUACAAGUGAGUCUCACACAGACUUUUUGAAACUCUCUGAUCUGGAACUUCUAAUGCCCUCAGACUCAAAACAGACCUCAAGGCACACAGAUUCACAGACUGAGUCAGAUCAUCAGACAACUAUGGCACUAAUGCUACCUACACAAAACUUUACUGCAGCUGGCUAUGAAGGCAGAUGUGCAGCCACUUUGUCUGGCUUUCUCAAAACCUGUGAUGGUGUGAGACAGCAUGAAGAGACAAAAGAGGAGGGGGAGGAAGAGGAGGAAUUCUCAGGAUACAUGGCACACACAUGAUGUGUUGCUAUAUUUGUAUGAGUAUCAAUAAUGAAUUAAUUCCCAGCAAGUGCAUUCCUUUUUAUUUGAGGAAAAUUCCAACAGAAGAAUUUAAAUGUAACUGCCUUUUCACCCUACUGAGGUUGAGAAGAAGGUACGGGUACACCUGGCAGGACUGAGAGGCUCAGGAGGAGCUUCUACCCUCAGGACACAAAGAUACUGAAUGAUGACUGCUUUAUCCUAAACAUUAACAUUUAUUCAUUUCUACCACUAGGAAAUAUUGAAGAAACUGACAACUAUUCAUUUUACUGAAAUCAUAUUUUAUGAUUUCAUGUAACAAAUAAAAUUAUUGAUUAAGUUGUUGGCAUAACCUAUUUAUGUCUUGUAAAGAGCAUUCUUGUUUACAUCCAAGUCAUAAUUAUGAGAGUUAUGAAAGUUUGAGAGCUCAGAUGCAUCAGGUAACAGCCUGAAAAGUCAAACAAACACCUACCUACCUACCUUAUGGUAGACAAUGUUGUUUAGUUAUGAUAUGGUUAUCUAAUUAUUUUUCAUAGUAGACAUUUUGACCUGUCAAAGCACGAUAAGUGCAGCCAUUAUUAAUAACAUUAACAAUAUCCAUGGGUCCCAGUAAGCAUGAAGGUGACGCAACAUUCACAUCACCAUUUUAGGGUAACUGAAGCAAAUCAAUGGAAUUCAGUCAACAUUUCAUUGAUUACACCUGUGCUUUUGUUUUGUUAAAAAGGCAUAUUUUAAAUCCUUCAGUCCAGCUUCAACUCUGCAGUUAAGCAACCAUAUCUAACAGUGUAAAUACUCACAAGUUCCAAAAAUAGGAAUCUAUUCCAUCCCUACAAUCCAUGUCCAUUCAGUAUGAUCUGAAUGUGGCCCUUCUUUUGGUCACUUCAGAAUAGAGAUGGAAUAGACCAGUGAUACUUAACUUAUGCCCUGUGGCUCAUGAUAGAGUGCUUGCCUUGGACUGUAAAAAUAAUGGAAGUAGCUACCAUGAUGUCGUCCAUUGGUUUAUGGACUCCUGUUUUAAAUCCUGUUUCAGGAAUUUUGGGCGUCAUAAUCUUGUUUUGUUUUUGAGCAAGCAGUGACCAUAUUUGGGCGAGAGGUUGACACUGUGGAGGACUGAGGGGUGGAUUUGUCUGAGAGGCUGGCAUGGUAGCUACUUUGACUGAGAGGCUGAGGGGUGGAUUUGACUAUUGGCGGACAGCCUGUCACUCAAAGCAGCAGGCCCUUAAUUAUGUGUAACUUUAAGCCUCGAUAAAAUGUAAACAGGUGAGUUAUUAAAAAAAAUAACCCCUGUACAGUUGUUAUGAAGGGGGAAAUUAGCUUUAGAGGCCAAAAUCGUCUUUUGUACCAGGCUGUAAACAUGUAUUUCUGCUGUAAAGUUUGGCAUUUUAACAUGGGGAUCUAUGGUGAUUGAGCCAGCCUGGAGUGGCUGUUCAAGGAAGUGCAGUUUUUUUAUGGCAUUUAUGUGUUGGCUUCAUUUUUUUAGCCCAGAAGGUUGCCACUUGGUGCUUGCUGGCUUGCUGACCAUUUUCUAAAUUACAAUGAAAAUAAAUUGUUUCACACUGGGA